AUGGCCUUUGAUCAUUACGUGGCCAUCUGCAAACCCUUGCACUAUUUGAUCAUCAUGAACCGGCAGGUGUGUUCCCUACUGGUGUGGGUGGCCUGGAUAAUGGACUUCUUUCAUUCAGUAAUUCAGAUUCACUUCCUAUUCCAGCUGCCCUUUUGUGGUCUUAAUGUCAUUGAUCAUUUUCUCUGUGACAUGUACCCUUUGUUGGAACUCACCCACACAGACACCUGUGUCGUGGGCCUGUUGCUGGCUGCCAAAAGAGGCUUGAUCUGCACUAUCUGUUUCCCUAUAUUGGUCAUCUCCUACAUGGUCAUCUUGAACUCCUUAAAAAGUUAUAGUUUGGAGGGAAGGUGCAAAGCCCUCUCCACCUUUGGUUCUCACGUCAUGGUCGUCAUGCUGUUCUUCGUUCCCUGUAUCUUCACAUAUAUGAGGCCUGUCUCCACCUUUCCCGUGGAUAAAGGAGUCGCUGUAUUCUAUGUUUUCAUUACUCCCAUGUUAAACACCUUGAUCUACACCAUGAGAAAUGUGGAGGUGACAAAAGCCAUGAGGAAGUUAUAA